AUGAAGAUCCAGUCUCCGCCAUUACUCCUUCUGCUGCUUCCCGCGCUGUCAACGGCCGCGACCACCACCAACUCGAUCAGUGAGCCAUCUGCCUCGCGUGGAGCCUCGAUCCUUGAUCCACGAUUCAUCGAUGCAGACUCGCUUGCAUCUACAAAUGCCAUUCACGGAUCGCCGGACAUCCCUGUGGAUGGGAAGGAUGGUCGACCUCACGCCGGUCCGUGGGUAGAGACCGGAGCGGAAAGAGACCGCAAGAGCAGCAAAAGCGGCGAUGAUAUUGACCUGGUUUCAACAAAAUUCGACACCAAGAUCCCAUCGUCUGAUCACCUCAGUACAGAGGAAGGGGCAGUGAUCCCACAUUCCAAUGGUGGCGUGAUGGACGACCCGCACCGCACAGGUCCUCAAGAAGGCACACGUGGUACAGAGGGAGGAAUAUCGGAGAAGGGCAAGGACAAUCUUUACAAUGCUGCAAAGACCCCUGACAGCCCCAAGGAGGCGCUGCCAUUGCCACAUAGCGAGAAGCAGAAGUUGCCCUCGGACAGCGAGGAUGCUACAGGAAGUGGCCGCUCUGCGGAUGGCGCUGGGACGCUCGGCAUGCUGGAGAAACCCGCCGACCUGCCCGAUAAGCCCCAUGACAUCCCCCAUCCCAAAUCCCCCUCCCAAGCGAAGGACGAUCCUCUUUCGAUCCAACAUGACUCAACCGGUUCAUUGAACAAGGGUUCGGGUGUUCCUGAGGAGAGGGAUAGUCUCCACUCUCUGCUGUUUGCCUUUACCAUGAUUCUUGUGUCUGAGAUUGGAGACAAGACCUUCCUCGUUGCUGCACUCAUGGCAAUGCGCCAUCCUCGUCUCGUGGUCUUCUCGUCGGCAUUCUGUGCCUUGGCUACCAUGACCGUUCUCUCUGCCGUGCUCGGUCAUGCCGUUCCUACCCUGAUUCCCAAGACCCUCACCAAGUUCAUGGCUGGAUUCCUGUUCCUGAUUUUCGGUGCAAAGAUGUUGAAGGAAGGCCGCGAGAUGGACCCAGAUGAGGGUGUUGGCGAGGAGAUGCGCGAGGUCGAAAUGGAGCUUGAAGAGAAGGAGCAGGAACAAAUGCGCCUCGGUCGCCGUCGUUCAUCGGUCACUCCUCACAACUUGGAGGCUGGUCGUGCUCCCAAAUCUCGUGGCUCCCGGAACCGUCUGCCCUCGCCUCCGGAGAGCAUUUCCUCAUCUUCCUCGCGUGGCUCAUCCCCUCGCCCCAACCGUCGCUGGAACGACUUGACGGUCGGAGUGAGUAACCUUUUCUCUCUUCUUCUGAGCCCAGCAUGGGUUCAGACCUUUGUCAUGACUUUCCUUGGUGAAUGGGGUGACCGCAGCCAGAUUGCCACUAUUGCAAUGGCUGCCGGUCAGGACUACUGGUGGGUAACUAUUGGAGCGACUGCCGGCCAUGGAAUCUGCACUGCUGCCGCCGUCAUUGGUGGUCGUGCGAUCGCUGGCAAAGUCAGCAUGCGCGUUGUGACUUUGGGUGGUGCUGCUGCUUUCCUUGUCUUCGGCGUGAUCUAUCUCAUAGAGGCGCUCUACUGA